GGCAAACGCAAUGGUCGCUCCCUGCCCUAAAAAGCUCUCUGAGCUCAACGCGCUGAUCUGGGGCGGUGCUGAUCUUAAUGAGGACAUUUUUCAGAGGUGGUGUCAAGGAUUUUACUUUAGUCCGACUGAGCCGACCGCUUUAAUGCAAAAUGGCGGAGGGCCAUGUGCUGUCUUGGCACCUGUACAAGCUGUGAUACUACGAAAUAUGUUGUUAUCAGGGAGGUUUUCCACAGCAGCUAGUGUUGAAGGAGUUGAUAGUUCAGAAUUAUUGAUCUCGGCUAUUUUGGACAUUAUGACACUCGUCAAACCCAACACGGAAAAGCAGUGGACUUGGGUUCAUUGGUCCAAUCAGAAUGGAGAAGUUUGUACUGUUGAAUCAGCGCUAACUCCUUCGUUGUUUUUUGAAGGAUUGAGGUCCAUAUCAGCGUCGUCCCUGGAUGAACUUCAUGGACUGAUUAUGUCACUGGCACCGGAACUGCAGUCACCUUUUGCCGUACUAUGCUUCCUGUAUUCUAUCCUAUUCACUCAUGGUCUUUCGGCUCUUCGGAAAGGAAUGGCGGAUGAAACUGAUACGCUAAUAGAUCCGGUUCAUGGUCACGCUAGCCAGUGCCUUAUCAAUCUACUCAUUUGUGGACAAACAACGCCAUAUUUGUUUGACGGGGAAAGAACCAUUUCCGGGAUUACACUCACAGGCAUUAGGAGGCAACCUCCUACGGGCUUUCUGACACUAUUCGAGGCCCUUCACUACUGUGAAUCGGGUUGGUACCUGAAAAACCCAUCCUAUCCGGUGUGGAUUUUGGGGUCAGAAACGCACUUCACGGUCUUGGCGUCCCCAGAAUUACAGCUAGUGUCAAAGGAAGAGAUGCCAUCCAGUGGAACAGCUACUAUUCGCCAGGCUGAGAUGGAAUUUGCCAAACUGAGCGCAGAUCAGGAUACUAAGUCUGGUUUCAUCACCUCGGCUCAAUUAGGGAAACUGCUGGAGGCUUUGAAUAUCCCUUUCACUGAAGAAUCAAUUGCGGAUAUCCAAAGAAAACUCGAUCCAGAAGAGCUUGGUGUGAUCCUGGAGGAGCCGUUUCUCCGGCAUUUCUUCCCCAUGGAGAUGUCAAAUCGUACCUCGGCAGUUAGCAACUUUCAAGUUAUUCAUUACAAUGGAUUGGUGAAGUCUAAUGCAGGUGGACAGGUUCGCUAUGAAUUUGGCGAAGCCCACUUACUGGACCCGACGGAGGAACUCAUCGAAACGGAUCCCGUUGAUCAGAACCCAAUCCAUCGUUGUCUUCGAACCAAAUGGCCCACGAUUCGUAUCAGAUGGAGAGGAAAUAAAGUCCCUUCCCUCAACUAACCUUAACUGGGUUGUGCAUUCAGUAUUAAGUUUUGUCCCCCACUUCCAACGUCUAAAUGAACAAUGGACUGUGAGCUCUUAGGAUGUAUUUUUACUAGAUAAUGUUGUGUGAACGGUCUGGUUUUGACAUUUAAUUAUGUGUUCAGCAAGUUGAUCGUAUAAGCACCCUACCUUUGAUUGCGGCGCAGUAAACAUUAAUGGCUUUCCAGCGUCCGCUGAUUGUAUGAGCUCCGGGUCAAUUGGAAAACGUGCCAGGACGGGUAAUCCGGUUGCCUCGGCCAGUCGGUCGCCACCUGACACCGUACUCUCAGGCCCGUCCUUCUGAUGUCCAAAUAGUGGGCUGUGAUGACCACAGGCAGGGCAGAUGAAUUCUGUCAUGUUUUCAACGAUUCCAUAGAUAGGGACCUAGGGG